CCACACGAGAAAUUUCGCCUUGGAUUGUCGAACCCCAUUCCAUUUUCGAGCUUGGACAGUCUGCCAGCCUCGAAGCCCGCCCGCCCAACCGUGAUCACAGCAAGAUUCCCAGUCCACGACAAACCAUUCCCACACGUCAAUCCACAACCGCAAAAAUGGCUGGAGGUGUCACCGUUCGCGAUGUUGAUGCGCAGAAGUUCAUCAACGCCUAUGCCGCUUUCCUGAAGCGUCAGGGCAAGCUCCCCAUCCCCGGCUGGGUCGAUACCGUCAAGACCGGUCCCUCCCGCGAGCUCCCUCCCCAGGACAUUGACUGGUACUACGUCCGCGCCGCCGCCGUCGCCCGUCACGUCUACAUGCGCAAGACUGUCGGUGUCGGCCGCCUCCGCAAGGUCCACGGCACUGCCAAGAACCGUGGUGUCCGCCCCUCGCACCACGUCGACGCCUCCGGCUCCGUCGACCGCAAGGUCAUGCAGUCCCUCGAGAAGAUUGGCGUCCUUGAGCAGGACGAGGAGAAGGGUGGCCGCCGCAUCACCCAGUCCGGCCAGCGUGAUUUGGACCGUAUUGCCCAGACCACCGCUGAGGCCGAGGAGGAGGAGGAGGAUGACGAGUAAAUCUUUUGAUACCCAACUAGAAAUGAAAAGAAAAAUCAGUUUGGGCAAGGGGCUUUAGGCACUCGGAAUCAUGACACACACACAAAAAACGUAACCGGGGGUUUUACGACUUUUGUUGUUCUUUUUUGGGAAGCAUAGGGAAAUCGGCGUUUUCUGAAACCAAAAAUGGAAUUUCACAGAGGAUGACCAGUGCGGGUUGGGCCUCCUGGAAAGGGAGAACAAUACCCACUGGCGCCUUUGCAUUAUCAUGACUGACUCUGAUGACGGUCAAGAUUUUACCUGAACCAACAAAACGUUUCACCCUCA